AUGGAUCAGUGUGAGGACAGAGAGGAGGGAGUCCCUCCCUCUAAAACCACUCUGUGUGGGGAACAUGAGAGCCAGACCAAAGCUCAGAGGAACCCACCUGGACCUGGACCUGAACCCAGUUGUGUGUCCUUAAAUCGGAAUGUGUUGAUGGAUGUCAUUAGUAGAUUUGAGCAAAAGCAGUCAUCAAAAACAAAGAUCCUUCAGAUCAUCCAACCUCAACCUAAGCCCAGCUGUGUGUCCUUAAAGAGUGACCGGCCUGCAGAGCGUUACAUUGAUCUUAAAGGUCAGCGUGGAUCUGCUGCAGAGAGACUGACUCAGGAGGAAGAGGAGGACAGAGCAGAGCCUGCAGGAUCCAGCUGUCCGUCCAUGAGGAGUGACCGGUCCAAAGGUCAACCUCCAAACUUCAGUGAUGGACCAACAGACAAUCAAUUCUCAGUUAUAGCAGCUCCUCAGAGAACCUCAGAGCGAAGAAGAGAGAAACAAAGUGACAGAGAAAGAUGCAGAAACAGGAAGAGAAGAAGAAGAGGACAGGAAAGGGAAGAGCAAAAAGUGGACCAGCAGAGCUCAAAGGUUCCCAGUGGUCAGUCUGCCCAGCAGCAUCAAACACAUCUGGACUCCAUAUUUAUGCUGCUGGAGGACAACAUCAUCACUUUUGUAAAGAACGAGCUGAAGAAGAUCCAGAAGGUUCUGAGUCCAGAUUACCCAGAAUGCUUAGAGAGUCAGCAAGAAGGUGAGAAUGAAGAGGACAGGAGGACCAGCAAAGACGCAUUUGGGAAGAUCACACUGGACUUCCUAAGAAGAAUGAAGCAGGAGGAGCUGGCUGAGCGUCUGCAGAGCAGAACUUUCAGUGGUGUUUGUCAGCAUAAACUUAAAUCUAAAAUUAAGAAGAAGUUCCAGUGUGUGUUUGAGGGCAUCGCUAAAGCAGGAAACCCAAUCCUUCUGAAUCAUAUCUACACAGAGCUCUACAUCACAGAGGGAGGGGCUGCAGAGGUCAAUGAGGAACAUGAGGUCAGACAGAUUGAAACAGCAUCCAGGAAACCAGACAGACUAGAAACAACAAUCAGACAAGAAGACCUCUUUAAAGGCUCACCUGGAAGAGAUGAACCAAUCAGAACAGUGCUGACAAAGGGAGUGGCUGGCAUUGGGAAAACAGUCCUAACACAGAAGUUCACUCUGGACUGGGCUGAAGACAAAGCCAACCAGGACAUCCAGUUCAUGUUUCCAUUGACUUUCAGAGAGCUGAAUGUGCUGAAAGAGGAAAAGUUCAGCUUGGUGGAACUUGUUCAUCACUUCUUCACUGAAACCAAAGAAGCAGGAAUCUGCAGCUUUGAACACUUCCAGGUUGUGUUCAUCUUUGAUGGUCUGGAUGAGUGUCGACUUCCUCUGGACUUCCACAAAACUACAAUCCUGACUGACCCUAGAAAGUCCACCUCAGUGGAUGUGCUGCUGACAAACCUCAUCAGGGGGGACCUGCUUCCCUCUGCUCGCCUCUGGAUAACCACACUACCUGCAGCAGCCAAUCAGAUCCCUCCUGGGUGUGUUGACAUGGUGACAGAGAUCAGGGGAUUUACUAACCCACAAAAGGAAGAGUACUUCAGGAAGAGAUUCAGGGAUAAGGAGCAGGCCAGCAGGAUCAUCUCCCAUAUCAAGACAUCACAAAGCCUCCACAUCAUGUGCCACAUCCCAGUCUUCUGCUGGAUCACUGCUACAGUUCUGGAGGAUCUGCUGAAGACCAGAGAGGGAGGAGAGCUCCCCAAGACCCUGACUGACAUGUACAUCCACUUCCUGGUGGUUCAGGCCAAAGUGAAGAAGGUCAAGUAUGAUGGAGGAGCUGAGACAGAUCCACACUGGAGUCCAGAGAGCAGGAAGAUGAUUGAGUCUCUGGGAAAACUGGCUUUGGAUCAGCUGCAGAAAGGAAACCUGAUCUUCUAUGAAUCAGACCUGACAGAGUGUGGCAUCGAUAUCAGAGCAGCCUCGGUGUACUCAGGAGUGUUCACACAGAUCUUUAAAGAGGAGAGAGGGCUGUACCAGGACAAGGUGUUCUGCUUCAUCCAUCUGAGUGUUCAGGAGUUUCUGGCUGCUCUUCAUGUCCAUCUGACCUUCAUCAACUCUGGAGUCAAUCUGCUGGAAGAACAACAAACAACCUCCCAGAAGUCUGAAACAGGAGAAUCUGCAGAGAAAUCCUUCUACCAGAGUGCUGUGAACAAGGCCUUACAGAGUCCAAAUGGACACCUGGACUUGUUCCUCCGCUUCCUCCUGGGUCUUUCACUGCAGACCAAUCAGAGUCUCCUACGAGGCCUGCUUACACAGACAGGAAGUAGCUCACAGACCAAUCAGGAAACCGUCCAGUACAUCAAGAAGAAGCUCAGUGAGAAUCUAUCUGCAGAGAAGAGCAUCAAUCUGUUCCACUGUCUGAAUGAACUGAAUUAUUGUUCUCAAGUGGAGGGGAUACAAUGGUACAUAAAAUUGGAAAGACUCUCCACAAAUAGAUUGUCUCCUGCUCAGUGGUCAGCUCUGGUCUUCAUUUUACUGUCAUCAGAAGAUCUGGAUGUGUUUGACCUGAAGAAAUACUCUGCUUCAGAGGAGACCUUUCUUGGGCUGCUGCCAGUGGUCAAAGCCUCCAACAAAGCUGUACUGAGUGGUUGUAACCUCUCACUGACAAGCUGUGAAGCUCUGUCCUCAGUUCUCAGCUCCCAGUCCUCUAGUCUGAGAGAGCUGGACCUGAGUAACAACAACCUGCAGGAUUCAGGAGUGAAGCUUCUGUCUGCUGGACUGAAGAGUCCACAUUGUAAACUGGAAAUUCUCAGAUUGAGGGUCUGUAACCUCUCAGUGAGAAGCUGUGAAACUCUGUCCUCAGUUCUCAACUCCCAGUCCUCUAGUCUGAGAGAGCUGGACCUGAGUAACAACAACCUGCAGGAUUCAAGCAUGAAGCUUCUGUCUGCUGCAGUGGAGAGUCCACACUGUACACUGGAAGUUCUAAGACUGAGUGUCUGUAACCUCUCAGAGAGAAGCUGUGAAACUCUGUCCUUAGUGCUCAGCUCCCAGUCCAAUAGUCUGAGAAAGCUGGACUUAAGUGACAACAACCUGCAGGAUUCAGGAGUUUAUCUUCUGUCUUUUGGACUUCAAAGUCCACAUUGCAUACUAGAAACUCUGAGUCUGUCACACUGUCUGAUCACAGUGGAAGGCUGUACUUCUCUGGCUUCAGCUCUGAGCUCCAACCCUUCCCAUCUAAGAGAGCUGGACCUGAGCUACAAUCAUCCAGGAGACUUAGGAAUGAAGCUGCUGUCGGCCGGACUGAAGGAUCCACACUGGAGACUGGACAUUGUCAGGGCGGAGCCUGCUGGAGUGCAAUGGCUGAUCCCAGGUCUGAGGAAGUAUUCGUGUCAACUCACAAUCGACACAAACACAGUACACAAAAAACUCAAACUGUCUGACAACAACAGGAAGGUGACACGUGUGGAGGAGGUUCAGUCAUAUCCUGAUCAUCCAGACAGGUUUGAUGUUUGGGAACAGCUGCUGUGUAGAGAUGGUCUGACUGGUCGCUGUUACUGGGAGGUCGAGUGCAGAGGAGAGGUUGAUAUAUCAGUGAAUUACAGAAGAAUCAAAAGGAAAGGAGGCAGUAAAGACUGUGUGUUUGGAUGGAAUGAUCAGUCCUGGAGUCUGUGGUGCUCUGAUCAUCAUGAUUCCUUUUGGCACAAUAACACAGAAACAUCCAUCUCCUCCUCCUCCUCCUCCUCCUCCUCCUCCUCCUCCUCCUCCUCCUCCUCCUCCUCCUCCUCCUCCUCCUCCUCUGGCUCUAACAGAGUAGCAGUGUAUGUGGACUGUCCUGCUGGCACUCUGUCCUUCUACAGAGUCUCCUCUGACACUCUGAUCCACCUCCACACCUUCAACACCACAUUCACUGAACCUCUUUAUCCUGGGUUUGGGUUCGGUUCUGGUUCCUCAGCCUCUCUGUGCUGAGCUGAGUGUAAAGAGCGUCCUCCUGUUAGAGAAACACUCUGACUGUUGAACAGAUAGUUCAGUCUGUACAUGUCUGUCUCUUUCACUCACAAACACGU